GUUUUUGGUAAUUGUCUUGUCUGGGAUGUUAUCUAUUGGARUCUAUUUUAUGCUUUCAACCGACAUGAUGGAUAAAUUGAAUUGGAAACGACUUAAAAACAAUGUGCAGAGCARUGGAAAGAAAUCAUUACGAAACGAAGAGAAAGUAAAUGGUGUUUUAUCAUACACACGGACUACAAGUCAUUUCUUACCAACCACCACAGUACAAAGCAAAGAAUUAAUAUCCCCAACCACAACAAUACAGACACAUGAAAACAUGCCACCAACCACAACAUUACAGACACAUGAAAACAUACCACCAACCACAACAAUACAGACACAUGAAAACAUAGCACCAACCACAACGGUGCAGCCCGUAGAAAAAAGAACAUUAGAAGGAGGACGUCAUGAUAAGAAAGACAACAGUGAAAAUGGCAUACGAUCCCAAGACAUCACUCUUUUAACGGACGAGUUCCUACAAAAUAAUCGUGAUGGAUCGUAUCCAAAUCUCGUACCCUGCCCAUACUUAGCGCUACGAAAGACAGCUAAAAACCCUGUUACCAGUAAAUUACCCUUGGCCUGUGUUCCACAUCGCCCCAGUAAAGAAUUUUGUGAAGAUGCAAACAGUUACUUCGGAAGACCAGACCAACCACUGGAAGAAAGAAAAUGUGACGAAACUUCCUACGAAGAUAUCUGCACCUUUACUCGAACAGCAAAUAAGAAACAUGAACUGAAUUGCGACGCUAAAGUUUGUGGAGGAAACGAAGUCAAUGUAGGUUCUAUGGACCCUAGUAUUGGAGUCAUAACAAGAUGGGAGGCCAUUAAA